AACCACCCACAGAUUACCAAUUUCCACUUUUCCCUCACUCGCCGGAAAAUCAAGAUUCCGACAGCCGGAGAUCAUCAUCAUUAUCAGCUUCAUACCUAAUUAACUACUCUUAGAUCAACCAUUUACAUGGAUCUUAAUUACAAAGCAACCGAGUUACGACUAGGGUUACCGGGAACCGACGACUUGCCGGCCACCAUGAAAAGUAAGAAAAGAAGUUCGCCGGAGAUGUGUCCAGAUGAAUCAAGAUCCAUCCCGCCGGCGAAUUGUGAAAUGGGUUUCAGGUCACAAGUCGUGGGAUGGCCGCCGGUGAGAUGUUACCGGAAAAAUGCAUUGCAAGGGAAGAAGAUGGAGGUUGGAUCAUAUGUAAAAGUGAGCAUGGAUGGAGCUCCAUAUCUGAGAAAAGUGGACCUAAGAGUGUACAAGAGCUAUGGGGAAUUGAUGAAGGGUUUGGAAGAGAUGUUCAAGUGCAUAAUAGGGUUGUACAACGAGAAGGAAUUAGGGUACAAUGGAUCAAUGCAUGCACCAACUUAUGAAGAUAAAGAAGGAGAUUGGAUGCUUGUUGGUGAUGUACCAUGGGACAUGUUUCUUACUUCUUGCAAGAGGUUAAGAAUCAUGAAAGCCAAUGAAGCAAAAGGGUUGGCUAUUUAAAUAAUUACUUUUACUUUUUUAUUUUAUAACAUCAAAUUGUAAAAAAAAAUGUAUAUUAGAUUCAUUAUGAAUUUGAGUUAUUAAAGAAAAUUUUGGAGUAUUUUUGGUAGAAA